GCUUGAAGUUCGUAUGGACAAGCGGUCAAGCUUAUCAACAUCGAGUUGUUAUAGUUCACUGUAGCUUGGCUCGCUGAAGGGUUCGGUUCAGAUCGAAGGUGAUGAUGAACAAAUUUUUGUCAUCUCACCAAUUCAACACUAAACUCAUUCGAUCUCAUUUCUCAAUAUCAUCAAGUUCCUCAGAGCCCGUCCUUCAAUCUAAUCGCUAUUCACCUACAAUCAAGACACAAGCUCAAUCAGAUACCUCCAUCUCUUCGCCUGGUCAUCAUUUGCUUCUUCGAGCUGGCUUUCUGAGACAAAGUUCGACUGGAAUAUGGAACUUUUUACCAAAUGCUAUCAGGGUGCUCAAGAAAGUCGAAGACAUCGUACGUGAAGAAAUGGAAAGAAUAGGUGCUAGUGAAGUAUCUUUAUCACAUCUUCAAACCUCGUCACUCUGGAAAGCUUCAGGUCGAUGGAACACAGCAGGCAAAGAGCUCUUUCGACUCUCGGAUCGAAAAGAUGCUCAUCUUUUAUUAGCACCGACUCACGAAGAAGAGAUUACUCAACUGGUUAAGCUUGAUGUGAAUUCCAGUAAACAACUUCCAGUGCGCCUCUUUCAUAUAGGACGGAAAUAUCGUGAUGAACUACGACCCCGAGCUGGAUUACUAAGAUCCAGAGAAUUCAUCAUGAAAGAUCUCUAUACAUUCGAUCUCGACCGGACAAAGGCACUCGAGACAUACUCAGCAGUCCAAGGAGCUUAUGAAAAGAUCCUAAAAAGAAUUGGGAUUCCAUUUGUGGUGGCUGAAGCGGAUAGCGGAGCAAUCGGUGGCUCGCAGUCACAUGAAUAUCAAUUUGAGUCACCCUCAGGAGAAGAUACAGUGAUUAAGUGCACGAAAUGUGAUUACAUUGCAAAUGUUGAAUUGGCAAAGAGCGUUCUGGUCCCGCCUUUGUCCGAUGUCAAUGCAUUACGAUGUCGUUCACCUCUGGGAUCCUCAAAAGCUAUUGAAGUUGCACAUACCUUUUACCUUGGUACCAAAUACUCUUCUUCCCUCUCAGCCACCUACAAAAUCUCAGAUCCCAAAACCGGUCUUCAGAAGGAAAAUCCACUCGAGAUGGGUUGCUUUGGGAUUGGGAUCAGUCGAUUGAUGGGUGCAAUUGCUGAAUGUUCGCAUACGGAAACUGGCUUGAGAUGGCCGAUCAAUGUUGCUCCUUUCAAGGUUUGCAUAAUAAUCCCAAUGCAAGAAAACGACGCUGGAUCAUCUGAUCUGAUCAAAUCUGUAGCUCAAAUCAUUGGUCGUGAAGUAGAAUCUAUAAAAACAAAAGUAGGAGAGUUGAAAGGAGAAGUUUUGAUUGAUGAUCGAAUUCAAAGAAUCGGAUGGAAAUUAAUGGAUGCUGAUUUGGUUGGUUAUCCGAUUUUGAUUGUACUUGGAAAUCGUUGGAUUAAAAAUCAAGUGAUUGAGAUUAGAGAUGUAAAGAAUGGAAAAGUAAUAGAGUUGGAGAAUGUUGGGUUAGUUGAUGGGAAAUUGGUGGAUCAGGGGAGGUUGAGUGAUACUAUUGGGUCUCUUAUUAAUGAAUCAAAGUAGCGGUCUUGAUUGUCUUGUUUGUAAUAAUGAAUCAAUCAAGGGAAAUAGACAAGAGCCUUUAGGUCAAAUAAUCAAACUAACUCGUCACCCACUAUCAAAAACCGCGAGCUUGUCCCACAUCUUCAUGAUGUAGUCAUAGAAUUCUUAUCUUCAUCUUGACAAUCAAGUAGAUUUCAACACACUUAUCACGACCUAGUAAGUUGAGCUGAUUCUCAUCUGAAAUCACUUAUUUGAUGAACCAUGGCAAAGGUUUUGGUUUAUCGUUGGUUGAGGAUUCAGGAAGGAAAGAGGAAGUGGUUUGACAAGCAGCCAAUUAUGAGAAGUACGUUUUCCUAGACGGGAGGAUUAGAUGAUACGCUAGCAAGACUCCUCAGCGCACAUUUCAAGGAGCCCUGGUAAAAGUUGUACUGCUGCAUGAAAUGAGAAGCACUUGUAUGCGCUUCUGGUCGACUGCUUUUAGCUUUUAUUAUCAAGAACCAAAAUGCAUUGAACUUCCAUCAUCAACACAUCCAAUUUCACUCAACCUCCCCAUAAACCUCCCCUAGCUCC